AUGAUGUUUGACUCAUCAGGAAAUGAAUAUGAGCCUGAUGAUCUCUACGACUACUGCGACUCUGACAUUGACCGAAGUUAUAUGGAUAGCUCAACAUAUCAGUCAGACCCAGACAUUGAGGUUACCGGUAGUCUGCUGGAGAAGAAACCAGAAGUACAUGUAACAAUAUCUCGCAACAAGGAUGUGGUCAGUUCUCUCUCUCAGCAGGCGGCUAAUGUAAUCGGAGCUAGAUUACCUUUUGAGGCAGUAGAACAGUGUGCUCGGCGAUUAGGCAAGAAAUUGGCCGAUGAAGUCCAGCUGGCUGUCAUGAAGGCGUCGUUUCCCGUCGACAAGGGCCUGAUUAGACGUUACGCCUACCUAUCACGGAAAAGUGGAGACGACAGAUUCUCUAAUAUGGUUAUCUCGCAACCAAAGCUGAGACGACACAGAAAGAAAUUUGCUGUAGAAAAUGCAAUGCAGAUUGGGUUUUGUUUGACUGGGGAAAUAAGAAAGAACAGAAAAAAUGAGAAAAAGGUAGUUGCUGCAGUCUAUUUUGACCGCCAACGGGUUACCUCGAUGUUGUGCUCAGAACAUUCUGACUCUCAUUGGUGUGAGCACGUUGUCGCUCUUAUAUUUCACCGUAUGAAUAAUCCAGAAAAGCGAGCAGAAGCAAUUCAUCAACAUACUGCUUGCUCAUUAUCCUUUGGAACUGUUGCGUUUUGCACAAGAAACUUUAGACGAGCUGCUGAAUAUGAAGGACAGCAACAAAGUUAG